GCGGCUGCUAACAUGGCGAGUGGCUAACUGGAAGUGGUCGGGUAACACUCAGUCAUGGCGGCUUUUAGUUUCUGUUGUAUGUCUUAAGACAAAUAUUGCGUUUAAACCUUCAUAUCCAACCUUGUGUUCGGAGGGUAUUACGGCUUCUACUUGUUUUCUUCUUUAAAAGGGGAAAGGAGCACACCCACGCCAUCACAAUGGGGCGACGUUCAACUUCCUCCACCAAGAGUGGGAAAUUCAUGAACCCCACGGAUCAGGCCAGAAAAGAAGCCAGAAAAAGGGAGUUAAAAAAGAAUAAAAAACAGAGAAUGAUGGUGAGAGCAGCAGUGCUUAAGAUGAAGGACCCCAGACAGAUAAUCAGAGACAUGGAGAAAUUGGAUGAGAUGGAGUUCAACCCAGUCCAGCAGCCCCUGCUGAAUGAGAAAGUACUGAGGGACAAGCGGAAGAAGCUACGGGAAACAUUUGAACGUAUUGUUCGUCUGUAUGAGCGAGAGAAUCCUGAAACCUACAAGGAUCUGCGCAAACUGGAACUAGAAUACGAGAGUAAACGGGGCCAAUUGGCACUCUAUUUUGACUCAGUCAAGAAUGCAGAAUCUGUGGAGGUUGACAGUAUUCCUUUACCAGAUAUGCCCCAUGCACCCUCCAAUAUACACAUCCAGGACAUUCCUCUACCAGGGGCUCAGCCUCCUUCAAUACUGAAGAAAGGCUCCUUUUUUGGUAAAGCACCUGUAUCGUCUGGCCCGGUAUUACCAACAUUGCCACCUGUGCCACGUUUACCCCCUGGGAAGAAACCCCCUGGGCCUCCACCUGGGCCCCCACCACCACAGGUUUUGGCAAUGUAUGGUAUUCCUUCACGACGGCCUUAUGGCACUGACGUUGAGCCCUCAAUUCCUGGCUUAGACAGGGGCUCAACAGACUUGGGAAGAGAUCAGGACAGCGGCAGUGGUAGCGACAGGGACGAUUUGGACGACGAUGACAGCGAAUCUGAGGAGGACAGUGACGAUGAGGAGGAUGAAGAUGGUGACUCAAGAAAGGGAGCUGACAGGCGGGAUAAAAGAGAUGAGGAGAGAGGUGAAAGACAAGCUGGUCGCAGUGUACGUUUUGCAGACAUGCCCUCAGAUGCUUCCAACGAAGGAACGAAAAAAAAGAAGUCUGGGAAGAAGACCAAGGCCAUUACGCCUCUGCAGGCAAUGAUGUUAAAGAUGGCUGGUCAGUCUAUUCCUGAAGAGGACGAAGAAGAAGAAGUCGAGGAAGAGUGCACAGAUGAAUCGGAUAGUUCUGACGCUGAAGAGAAGGGGCCACCAGUGGACCCGUCCCAAGUUAUUCCCAGUCAGCGUGUCCCCCCUCCAAGCGGGCCAGUGGGACAGCCCCCACCUUUGCAGGGUCCACCAAUGACUGGGCCUCCACCUAUGGGUCCUCCACCAGCUCCACCAAUGAGGCCUCCUGGUCCACCCUCUGGUCCACCUCCUGGCCCUCCACCAGGUGCUCCUCCGUUCUUAAGGCCACUGGGUAUUCCUGGCAUGAGGGGUCCAAUACCUCGUCUUUUACCCCCUGGACCUCCACCAGGUCGCCCGCCUGGUCCACCACCUGGUCCCCCUCCAGGUCUUCCUCCAGGCCCCCCACCACGUGGACCCCCUCCCCGGCUACCGCCCCCAGCUCCACCUGGUAUCCCACCUCCUCCCCCAAGAGCAGGAGGGCCCCCCCGUCCCAUGGCGCCACCUCUUGCCCUCUUUCCUCCACCUCUUAGCGCCAACGUGCUUAGUGCUCCUCCCAGCCUCGUUCAGCGGCAAAAAGGCCCUGGAUCCGGACAAGAUGGCUCACAAAGCAGCAUGCCGCCUCCAUCAAUGUCCAUGCGCCCCGGUGUCAUACAAAUGCCCCCUCCCCCAGGGACUGCUGCAGCCUCUGCUGUCAGCCACCUCCACGCAGCCACCAUUGAAAAACGGGCCAACCUCACCUCUGUCGCUGGUGCAGGCAGCCUGGGAGCCGGUGCUGGCUCUGGGGCCACCAUUUCUGCCAAACCACAAAUUAUCAAUCCCAAAGCGGAGGUCACACGGUUUGUGCCCACUGCACUUAGAGUGCGAAGGGACAAGAGUGGUGCUGCGCCGGGGCCGGCGGUUGGUCCGUUGGACAAAGGUGCUGUCGGGGGAAGGAGGGGAGAUGACGGUAUGGGAAGUGGCCAUGGUCACAAACAUCACUUUUCCAUUGGUUCUAUGGGCAUGUCUCAUCCAGCUCACAUUGGGGCUGUGGCUCAACCCAGCAUGAAGACCAAGGACCAGGUGUAUGAAGCCUUUAUGAGAGAGAUGGAGGGACUCCUCUGAGACGUACCAAGGUCCUGAACUGAAGCAAUGUCGUUUUUGUCUGUUUCAAAGUACAGCGUAAUAGAGGUAGUGUUCUUCAAGGCUAUCCUAUCUCUUUGUCAUUUUAGGAACCCAAGACUGCUACAUACUAAGAAAUGGUAUCCGCUGUUUCAUUUCAUUUAAUUUUGGGCUAUUACCGUGGCAAAACAUAAUUAAUCUAUCAAACAUAAAAUAUGCAAUUGUAUGAGUAAUUUGAAACAAUUAGGUCUAAUUGAGUGGUUGCUAUUCCCCUCUCCCUCAAAACACUUUUCUUUUAACAGAAACCAUUGUAUAAGUUUUGUCUCUCUUUGCCCAUUGAUUUAGUCUGUAGUUUAGCUCUGUGGAAUGACAUGAAAAGUCACUUCGGUAUUGUUUUUUUUUUAAUUAUUAUUAUUAAGCCCCAACAUCUUGGGCAUGUCUUUUUAUUUCUUUUGUUUUUUUCCACAGACAAGCAAAGAUUUCCCAAAACUGUUU